AUGGCGAUCUUCAGCGUCUAUGUGGUGAACAAGGCGGGCGGCCUCAUCUACCAGCUGGACCACUACGCCCCCCGCGCCGACACCGAGAAGACGUUCAGCUUCCCGCUCGACCUCGUCCUGCGGCCGCACGAUGAGCGCGUCGUGGUGGCCUUCGGACAGCGCGACGGCAUCCGCGUGGGCCACGCCGUGCUGGCCAUUAACGGCGCCGAGGUGAACGGGCGCUUGACGGCGGACGGGAAGGACGUGCUGGAGUUCCUGGGCAACCCCGCCAACUACCCGGUGUCCAUCCGCUUCGGCCGCCACCGCCUCUCCUCCAACGAGAAGCUGAUGCUGGCCUCCAUGUUCCACUCGCUCUUCGCCAUCGGGUCGCAGCUGUCGCCCGAGGUCGGGAGCUCCGGGAUCGAGAUGCUGGAGACAGACACCUUCAAGCUGCACUGCUUCCAGACGCUGACAGGGAUCAAAUUCGUGGUUCUUGCUGACCCGCGGCAGGCAGGAAUAGACGCCCUUCUCCGCAAGAUCUACGAGAUCUACUCUGACUUUGCUCUGAAGAAUCCUUUCUACUCCCUGGAGAUGCCCAUCAGGUGCGAGUUGUUUGAUCAGAACUUGAAACUUGCUCUGGAGGUGGCAGAGAAAGCUGGACCCUUCGGACCUGGGUCGUAGAGGAGAAAGCCUCGCCCGUUCCCCGGACUCCUUUCUGUGAAGAGCGGGGCCUCGCUCUUCCCCGGCCGGCCUCUCCCAGAGCGCUCUCCUCCACAGCAGAGGCCGCAUAUCCCUGAAACACGCUUCCUUAUCUCCCCAGACACCAUUUUAUCCCCUCUGUUGUGAAACUUACCUUAACCAGGCUUGUUACUACUGUUUACACGGGGUGGUGGAGGCUUAUUCUGCUGCUGCGGCUCCACCGCCCCUGAGCAAAGACAGAGAAGGUGCGGGUCCGUGGCCCUACCGCAGCCGAUUGUCGUCUUUUGUUUCGUAAUUGUACAUAUGUAUUUUUCCUGUAUAGGUCUAACUUGGGGUUUUGCAGAGGGUUUCUGCGUAGAAGUAAUAAAUGUUCCGUGAAGAGGUG